CUGGAGAUGCUGCAUGCUCGGCUCAUGCAGCUACCUGUUAGCCGGUCAACUAGUCUUCUAGCCCCGCAUUAAAUGGAUCAAAUGUGUGGGUGUUUAUCACCGACGUCAGCCGGUGGUGUGUAGCGGCUCGAUGGGACUCAAUAUGCGGUGGUAGCUGCGCAACAAGCCGCAAGGGAGCAGCGGUUAGUGGGUAGCUAUAGUAACCAACGGCGGUUAGUAAUGCUAACCAACGGCUCUUCGUUAUGCUAACCAACGGCUACUCGUUAUGUUAACAAGCGGCGGUUAGUUUGCGACUUUUACCGAGUCGUCAUGUUAGCCCUGUUCCCCGGCUUAGAUGCUUUAUUUCUCUUCGAUCCUACUCCCCCUCUCGGUGCAGAAAUAACCGCUAGUUAGCGCCUCCAUCAGCUCAACAACAUGACUCACACUCUGGGCUAAGUUAGCUCGCCCGUUAGCGGAUAGCUUAUGCUAACAGUCAGGCAAAGCUAAUUCUCGUAGUGGCCAACCGGCGGUACUACAACGUCCGUGACGCCAUUGGGCCCAAAAAAUACUUUUCCUCAUUGACUUCCAUUGGGGAAAGAGACGUCUGUAAAUCAGCGGAUAAUUUUUCUUGAGCUAAACAAACUACCCACCAGGAACUAUUUUAUAGCCCGUGUUUAAAUCAUGAUGGUCUACAAGUUGUAGAAUACGCUGAAAGCUGAAUCCAGAGUUAUUUUCGCUCUCCAUUCAUUUGACUGACAGAGAGCAAGGGAAAUAGGAGGCUGGGCUUAAGGGGAAACUCAACUGCGCAUGCUCCAUGGGCCCACACACGGGUCCUUCUGCUCAGGCCUUUUUGAGCUUCAUGCGCCACUGAGCAGCUCUCAUAGGAAUGAAUGGAGCUCCAGAUCUCUUUAUAACAUCCAUGGUGUCGGGGAAGCGAUGUCCGUCCGAUGGAGCUGAAGUGUUUCUCGGCUUGCUGAAGAUGACGGGCCGGGUGUUUGUGGCUCUGUGUCAGCAGGAUGAUGGAAGCCGAGGAGGAGUGGAGGAACAAAGACCCGAGUGCACACCAACUACUGCUGGAUAAAAAGGUGCUCUGCAAGCAGAAUGGAAGGAUCGGUAUAGUGAGAACCCUCCACAGCCUGUUGAAAACUCAGAACACUCUGCAGAUUCACUCCAUCGCCCGCUCAGAAUGUGCUGGCUCGUGUCCGGACCUCAUGAUGAGUAGGAGCGAUCACUUUGAUGUGCGGCCCCCCGCGGCCCUCACCCCCCAGCUGCCCCCCCGAGCCCACCGGCCCCUCUGCAUGUCCGUCUCCUCCGACAGCAGCGGGCGCUUCAAAGCUCUGGAGACGCAGGAGUGGAAGAACAACCUCAAAGCACAGAUGGAGCAGGCCCACAGUGCAGGAGCAGCCAGCAGCACCGGGUCUCUGGAGCGAGCGUCCCUCUUCUGCUCUUCCAGCUCCGGCCUGUCCUCCCCCGUGGAAAUCCUCAACAAACACAAAUCAUCCUCGUCUUCGAGCCGCUUCUCUCUCUUCUCUCCGCCGUGGAACAGCAGCUCCGAGUCCGAAUCCAACCCUCCGUCUCGCUCCGGAUCCAAAAAAAAGCUUCGUAACUACAGCCGUCGAGCCGCCACUGGACCCGCGGGAGCCCGGGGCCCCGAAACACCCGAAACCAAACCCAAACCAGUGGAACAACAACAACAACAACAACACUUCCAAUACUCCGAACCCGUGAUCUCCAGAGUGACGGAUUUCAUCUACGUUGGAAAUCUGAACGCGGCGUAUAACGGCCGUUCGCUUUGCCGCAAUAACAUCGACAGCAUCAUCGAUAUGAGCAGCGUUUCGGGGGAUCCGGGUCCCAUUUUGAACGUGAUCCCGUGCACCUGUUCUCGUGGUGCCAGACACACGUGGUCUCGACUCAAAGUGGAUAUCGGAGACGUGCCGGAGCAGCGGUGUUUCGAGGAUAUAAACGAGUGUAUCGGCGCCUCCACGGAGAAGAGGAAGCGCGUCCUGGUGCACUGCAGAGACGGGUUCUCGCUGGCACCCACGUGCAUCAUCCAGUACCUGAUGGUGAAGCAGAACAUGAGGCUGAUCGCCGCCUACGAGCUGCUGAGGGCCCGGUACCCCGUCAACAUCCGGGAGCGCCACCAGAACCUGCUGGUGAGCCUGGAGAGGGCUCUGAGGCCCGGAGGGAACGUGGACCCCGAGUGCUUCAAACAGGCCAUUUCCCGCAAAGUGGCGUGGACCUGACGCCCGUUUCCCAUCAUGCUUUGCCUGCUGCUCCGGACUCUCUUUGAUCUUUUUAGCCUCCCAGGGUAUAGAGUGGUGCAGGAAUGAGUCCUACAAACCCUGCAAUGAGUCAGCAUUCUAGCAGUUCCCUCGUACCGAAGUCAAUAUGGGUUUAAUAUGUGUUGUUUUUUAACGUGGCGUGGACCUGACGCCGUUUCCCAUCAUGCUUCAGACUCUCUUAAUAUCCUCACGUGGUGCAGGAAUGAGUCCUAAAACCCUGCAAUGAGUCCGCAUUCUAGCAGUUAUCUAGUCCUGAAGUCAAUGGGGUUUAAUAUGUGUUAAUAAGGUCUGUGGUUAACACGAGCUGAAGAGAUUUUAACGUUUAAAUACGCCGGUAAAUACCCCACUGGUGAAUUUUAAACACUGCUAACAAGUGUCUAAAUGAGACGACUAACCUCCCAUUGGACCGGGGAGACGUUGCCUUCAGGGUCCAACACAGAAAUACGACAUCCCUGCACCACUCUAUUGGAUAUAUUUCCCUAAAGACACCACAGGAAGCUCUACUCCCCCCCACCCCCCUGUGGAUUCUGGAUAUUCCCGUCCCCACUUGUGGUUCUGAUGUGUUUGCUCUUCAAACGUGUAAAUGUGACCCGAUAGACUUCAGUGUAACAUACUUAGCUUCUCGGUAUAACGGUGUGAUGGUUUUUCGCUGUAUAGUUGAUAUUGUCCUGCUUCAGUUCCGUCGUGGUGUUGUUAAAUAUCAGGGGAAGAUCUCAGGAGAUUAUUGAUGUCAAACCAGUGCAGGGUGGGAAUCUCUCAUUAGUCAGCGUUUCAGUUCACACCUGGCACUAACAUGCAUCUUGUUUAGCUGUGUGUGAUAUCUCCAAAAGGGUUUUCUUAACAGCCGGUUUGUUGCUCAGCUGUGCAAAAGCCACGGUACAAAUAAUGAGUUAUUGCAGGAUUCAGGGAAGUUGAUAAAACGGCCUGUUGCUAAACCAGAAGAGCUUUGCAUUUGUAUCGUUAAUAAGUAAAUGUCCAAACGUACUGACAUCAAAAUGUACCUAAAACAUUACACUAUUUGAUGCUUUAUGCCAGCGGUUCCCAACCUUUUUCAACACUUAAGAAUCUAAAACAUGUUCGCGGCCCACUUUCAACCAGAAACAACACGGAGGCUAAAUAGAGUUCUCAGAGUACUUUUUAUUUUAAUUUGAAAAAGAGCUGGCUUAACAUUAAUGUUUUUCUGAGACAUUCUGCAACACUAGUUGUGUCACUUACUUGCAUUCUCCAUGGGAAGUCAUCACCACCGUAGUUGUAUGUCAUUUCCUCUCCUUGUUGUUGUACGUCCUCUAGGGCGAACAAGCAUACAUGUGGCUUCCCAUCCACAUCGACUCUUUUCAUUUGACAGUUGGGCCCAAGGUGGUCGUCCCGUCCAAAUGACCCAUCUUCCCUUGAGGCAUCAAUACUUAAAGGGGACCUAUCAUGCAAAAUGCACUUGUGUACGUCUUUUCUACAUGAAUAUGUGUCCCCGGUGUUCCAGGGAACUCACCAAGUGUCAGAAAACACAACCCUCUCUAUUUUCCUCCAU